GUCAUAACUUUAACACCCACUUCUGGAGGGUGUGGUGAUGCCUAAUCUUUCUAAUCACCACCCAGCCUCCCCAAGGCUUCUGCACAGCCAACACUUAGCCAAGGAUGGACUCUCUGCCGCUGCUCAUCUAUUUGUGUGCUACAGUGCUGAUGCCAUGCCAUGGAUUCAGUUUGGACACCGAACAGCCAACCGUCUUCCAGGAAGCAGCACUGGGCUUUGGGCAGAGUGUAGCGCAGUUCGGAAGCGGAAGAAAUGGAGGGCUGUUGGUUGGUGCCCCACUCCAGAUGGGGGGAGUGAAUGAAACGGGUAAACUCUACAAAUGUCAGCCGGGGCCAAGAAAAUCAGGCAGUUGCCAGGAGGUCCUUGUGCAAAGUGAGUAUGUCACUGGGUGGAGUCUGUGUUCCUGUGGAGUUGCAAAAGAAGAAGAGAAUUGGGAGCCAAGACUUGUGGCUUAAGUCUGCAGCAAACACCCAAGGCUGCGUGCCUCUCUUCUGUGAUUCGGCAAUCGCACUGCCCAUUGAGCAAGAACAGAAAUUGGCUCUGAGAAUUGUGUUGAAUCCAAAGGGGCCAGACUUAAACAAUGCAUUCAGUGUGUGAUCACAUUUCUGUACCUUUCACAAUUUUUGUUAAUAAAACAGCAGC